AUUAUUGGACAACCAAUUAAUUUCUUCUCGACUGACUCCUGUUCACACAAAGCCACACCGAAGAUGUAUAAAAAACCCUAGAGCUGAGGUCUUCCUUCUUCCCAUUCUUGCAUUCUUAACUUCUGCCUUUUUUUGGCCUCUUUCCGAUCUUAAUACCAGUUCUAUUAUGCUCCCUGUCUUGACUUGACACCCACAUAAAUGCAACGAGUAUAGCUUCUAGCAACAAAUUUGUUACUCUCAUUAAUUUAUUGCUUCAUGCUUUGGCAAAAAAAACAUAUCACAAGGUAUUAACAAUAGCUCAUAAAGUGGAUCCAAGACAUGGGAAGAGGCCCCUUCCAUCCGAUGAACCGGAGGAGAAAGAGGAAGAUCACACCUUCCCUGUCUACUCAGCUCGAUCUCAACAAGACAUGGAUGUGAUGGUUUCAGCUCUAGCUCAAGUAAUUGGAAGCAGCCACAAUAGCUCAGCUCAAGUGCAGGAAAAUCCAUUGACCUCAACACAAUCCAGCACAGAAAAUGAUCAAACCCAACCAGCUGUUCAAGACCAAGGGAAUGCAAGGAGACGACAUUAUAGAGGAGUUAGGCAAAGGCCUUGGGGGAAAUGGGCUGCUGAGAUCCGAGAUCCCAAGAAGGCAGCUCGAGUGUGGCUAGGCACUUUCGAAACGGCUGAGGCUGCCGCCCUUGCUUACGAUGAAGCAGCUCUUAGGUUCAAAGGAAGCAAGGCUAAGCUCAACUUUCCUGAAAGGGUUCCAUCUGGCGGGACCGAAUUAGGUUUCUUUACUAGAGGCCAAGGUUUGCAUACGGUUACUGAACCUGUCCCUAAUCACAUUAUGGCUCCUCUAGCUCGUUCCCAACGAUCACAGGAAGCAUAUAAUCCAAAUAAUUUUCAAUAUCCACAAUUUCUUGGAACCACAUCAGGCUAUGGCUUAAGCCAUGUCAUGCCGCCUGCAGUUCCAUUUGGUGGAGAAACAUUUCUUUCACCGACUUCCUCCAGUGCAUCUUCUAAUUCGUGGCCGAUAUCUUCUCAACAGCAGCAGCAGCAACAAGAGGAACUUUUAAGAUUAUCAAUGCAGUUUGGAAGUUCUUACAACUCUCGUUAUGAUCCUUCUAAAUACAAAGACGAGGGGCUUUGAUUAAUCAAGUCAUGAUCAAAGAGAGCAAGUUAAUUAGGAAAGAUCAGUGAGAGCUGAAUUCCUAGUUAUGAUGUUGGAAAGAUCGGUGAGAGCUGAAUUCCUAGUUAUGAUGUUGGUGUUUCUUUUUCACUUGCUGUUUUUUUUUUUACCUUUUCUUUUCUUCUUGUCUUAAUUACUUUCCUUGUUGAACUUAUAAUAUAAUUUUCCACAAUCCCACCUAGGGUGAUCAAGAAAUGUUGUUUAAUAAAUUUUGUUUGCAUCUUCGCUCC